AUGGACGACAUUCACGCCCCAACUGUCGCCUCUGGGCUGUCAUCUGGGAUUGCUCCCCGCGAUGUUUCGAAGGUGUCGAUGCCCGACCUCAUGCAGGAGAAGGAACGGAUCGAGGCGGAGCUAUCCGCACUGAGCAGCGUCCUCAACUCGCAUGGAGUGAACAUGAACUCGUCCCUUACCACUUUCGAUGGCUUCCCACGCGACGAUAUCGACAUUGCUCAAGUUCGAACAACGCGAGUACGAAUCAUCCACCUUAGAAAUGACCACAAGGCGGUCAUGACACAUCUCGAGAAGGGCCUGCACGACCACUUUGCCCGGCUACAGAACGCGCCAGGCGCCACCUCUGCAAAUGGUACCACUGUGCCAUCCUCUGCGCCCACCUCUGUCACGGACAAUAGUAUUGCGGAUACGGGCACGCUGGGGACACCAUUUGCUCGUGUGAACAGUGUGGAGCCAGGUAGUCCAGCACACCAGGCAGGUCUGAAGAUGGGAGAUUCAAUUCGAGGCUUUGGCAGUGUGCAUUGGUUGAACCACGAGCGACUCUCGAAGGUUGCGGAGGCUGUGCAACAGAACGAAGGGCGUCCUCUGACGGUCAAAGUGACACGGAAGAACGAGAGUGGAUCGGGAACAACGGAGUUGGAUCUACAACUCACCCCACGGCGCAAUUGGGGAGGCCGGGGCCUACUGGGCUGUCAUAUAGUGCCGUUGUAA